AACAUGGAUCAUGCAUAUUACACGUCCGCUAUUUUCGGCCCGGGAGACGUCGGCGGCCCAGACGUGUGGGUCAACACCGAGGAGGAGGACGGGGACAUGUGGAAAGCUCACGGCUUCCUGUCCAGCACGCACCGCCAAGCCGAGAGAGUCAAUCUUUCCUUUGACUUUCCUUUCUAUGGCCACGCGCUGAAGGAAGUCACCGUGGCAACUGGAGGCUUCAUCUACACGGGCGAUAUAAUCCACCGCAUGCUGACCGCCACUCAGUACAUUGCCCCGCUCAUGGCCAACUUUGACCCCAGUCUGUCCAAGGACUCCUCUGUCUUUUACUUUGACAACGGCACGGCGCUGGUGGUGCAGUGGACCAGCCUCCACCUGCAGGACAAUGUCCAAUCAGGCACAUUCACCUUCCAAGCUGCUCUGCACAGCGACGGACGCAUUGUGUUUACCUAUAAAGAGAUUCCUGUUGACAUCAGCGACAUCAGCAGCGAGAAUCAUCCCGUCAAAGUCGGCCUGUCGGACGCUUUUGUGGUGCUUCAUAACAUAGAGCAGAUUCCCAACGUUCGACGAAGGACCAUCUACGAGUACCACAAAGUGGACUUUUUAAAGUCCAAAAUCUGCAAUGGUACCACUGUAGAGAUGUUACCUCUCCCAACUUGUCUGCAGUUCUCCGGCUGCGCUCCAUGUGUCACGUCUCAGAUCGGCUUCAACUGCACCUGGUGCUCCCGCCUGCAGAGAUGUUCCAGCGGCUUCGACCGAAACCGGCAAGGCUGGGUAGACUACGGCUGCCAGGAGGAGAGACGAGACCCGCGUUGUUUACGCGGACGCCACGUCACGGAUGCGACGCUGACGCGACGCCACUUCUUCACGGCCGCCACCACUCCAGCUGCUGCCACGUCAGGCCAGCGGAUGACCUCCGGUGUGACCUCCGUGCCUGUAGGCAACACUUCCACCGCCGAGAACCAGCCGACACGCGGCAGCAGCAGCGGGAAGAAUGCGACGUCUACUCCUUGGUCCUUCACCAGCCGGCCUACAGCCGACGGCGAGAACGACACGGGCCAGAGAGAGAAGGUGGGGUUGCUGGCGGGUAUCGUCAUAGUGAUGGCGGUCAUGGCGGCGGUGGUCCUUGUGUCCGUCUACAUGUACAACCACCCCACGUCCAGUGUCAGCCUCUUCUUCCUGGAGCGUCGCCCGGCCAGUUGGCCCACCAUGAAGUUCCGACGGGGCUCCGGUCACCCGUCUUACGCCGAGGUAGAGAAUCUGGGCCGGCGGGACAAAGACGGUGCGGCGGUCAUCGACCCCAAACAAUCGUUCGUCAUGACGAUCAGGCGAGAGAGCGACCAGAAGGAAGGAUUUAUCGUCCCGGACCCCAGGGAGCGUUUCCUCAGCCGGGAGAGCUCCUGA